AUGGAGUAUGAAGCUGAAAUACCUCCCUUUCCAGAAGGAUAUAAAGUCAAACAGAAAGCUGCAGUUACUGUUUCACCAGUAGAGGCAACAACUUUCCAUGGCUUUACCACCAGCCACUACAAUCCAAUUUCCCAGGUCACCACGGCCCCACAUAUACCCUGUCCUCAAGCUAAAUUGGAAACAGUUGAUCCAAAAACAUGUUCCCCCAAAGAAUAUUUGGAAACUUUCAUCUUUCCAGUUCUGCUUCCUGGAAUGGCUAGCCUACUUCAUCAAGCAAAGAAAGAAAAAUGUUUUGAGAGAAAAAGGACCAAAUUCAUUGCCUGUGACUUUCUGACAGAGUGGUUAUACAACCAGAAUCCAAAGAGGCUUGGAGAGCCAUUCACAGAAUUCUUCUCCAUUCCAUUUGUGGAAGAAAGACUAAAGCAUCACCCGCGGCCGCCAAUCCCACUGUCCCUCCUGCUAACAGAAGAGGCAGCAGCGAUUGCAAUUCAGUCCUUCUGGAGAGCCUAUUUGGUUCGCUGCGAUCCUGAGAUUCAGGAACUGCGUCAGUGGCAGAAGAAACUGCGGGAGGACAAGCACAUUCGGCAGCGAGUCCAGUUCUUCUGGGCCAAACUAAAACAAAAAGUGAAAUGCGAAAUGGAGGACAACGAGGAGCUCGAAAACAUUCCAUCACCGUAACCACCAACCACCGUUGGCAUCUUUUCCUGUCUGAGUGCAAAUGACCCCAUGUAAAGAAAGUGGCCAAACUGCGCUUCCUCCGUUGUGAUCUCUUUAACAAGUCUCGGUACACAUGAAAACAGAAUCUUUCCCACACAAGAUAGAAUCUGUCCCAACUGCACUUUAGUGCAAAUCAUUUUUAAAAGAAAGUACCAGUCUUAACUUUUUGCAUUAUCCACAUAUUUUAUUCUUUCAUCCAGAUAUUUCUUCAGUGCUUCAGGGUAAUCCUUCCACACCAAGCACUGUUAAAAUGCACAAAGAAUUCUAGUCCCGAGAGAUGCCGAUGUGCUCUGGAGCAGUUUCCCCACUUUUGGCUGCCUUUGCAAAGAUCCAUAUUUAAAUUUAAAGUCCCAAACCUCUGAAGUGGGUUUUUAGUUAACCUGGUGACUACUCUUUUUCUAAAAAAAGACAUUAUUGCUUAUUAUCAUCUUCAAAGGAAAUGGGCCCUUAACUUUUACUGCAGACCCAUCAAGAUGAGACAUUUAAACCCAGACGAUAACAAAGGAUUUUUGAUGUCUGGGUCCCAAAGUAUUACAGAUGGAUCCUACUUUUAUGGGUAAAUUAACUUAUUACCCUCAUUUGUCUUGUGGGUUGCUGUUAGCCAAGAUUCUCCCAGUCAAAAUGCCACAGCCUCAGCCUCGGGGCAGACCCGAAAGGCCAGAAGUGACAUUGGGUUAUUUUGACAAGCUACCACACAUCUUAAGUAAAUAGUAAAGCCUUUAUUUUUGUGUUAAGAACAGCAUUUUGAAAAUAAAACCUAUCUGCCCAUGCUUUACAACCUUUUAAAUUUAUAAUAUUUAUAUACAGUCAUUUAUGGUACACAUUGAUUGUCUUGAAAUUUCUGUAACGAUUUUUUUUUUUCUUAUAAGUAUGCAACAGUCAGCCAGGGGAAGAUAAAGGUACAUUAUAAAACACACAUUAAUACAUUUAAUAAAUAUAUAUUAUCUAUCAAAAACGAGCUUUAGCUCUUUAUCAAUUAAUAAAAAGCACCUGCCGAGAACUCCUGUAAGCUGGUAUAGUCAUUGCAUCAUUGGAUUAUAAAAGCCAUAAUGCUCCCUUUCAGUUUGGGGUUUGGCCUGAGGCAUUCGACUCCACCUCAGACAACCAAGAAGACCACCCCCACUUUAGGCUCGUACUUGCAGGCUCCAUGACAUCGGCGCUAGCAAAGCCUUGGACAGCCAGCUUCAAGCAUCCACAUCACAAACCCGGGCAACACCUGAGACGCGCCAAUCUUUCCGGUCUGUGAGUUCUCGGAGCUGAUUGCCUCUUCUACCUUCCACCUCAAGUGGAGAAGUCCAGGAUAGAACGGCAGCUUUCCAUUAAGAGGGCGGACCAGAGUGGCUGUUAUAGUCCCAAAGCGAUUUUAAUAACUGGACAUGGAAAGAUUUGUGCUUACAAUUAGGGGUUUUGAUCAGAUACUCUCCUUCCACGUUGUUUUCCCCAAACAAGUCUUGCUUACAUAGCCAGAUCUUAAACAGAGGUGCCAUUUUGUUUUGUGUUUAAACCUUACUCCCUGGGGGCAGCUGGCGUUCAGUCUCUUGGCAAAGAUGGCUCUUGGUACUCUUCAGGUGAAAGGUCAUUAGAAAAAUACGUGUUCUCCCUUCUCCCCUCACUCCCACCUCUGCCUCCAUUGUGAGGGCAUUCAGCCCACUUUGGACUUUAAAGCCAAAAUAAAACAAAACCCAGAAGCGCAAUAACAUGUCAGAGAUGUAAAAUGGGAGGAAAACCAGGUCUCAUUAGGUGAGGUUUCCCAUGACUCAAAGAUGGCUCCAUUUUUGCACUGGGGAAACGUUACUUUUCACUGGAAGCUGUUUCUGCUGUGCACGGACAACAAAGAGCUUAGAGAGAAAACAAUCGUGUGAAUUGCUCCUUUCUGCAAGGGGGGCUCUUGCAGACUGAGUCACUGAUGGUAUCAGAAAGCUCCAAAGGACUCCAGAGAGCGGGGGUGAGCAACCAUUUCCUGGUACAAGAAUUUUUCACUGGAUUGGACUGAGGCGUUCGGAGAUUUCUUUAUCUUCACAAUACUGGGUCUGCAUGCAACUGCCCCCCUGCCCCAUGCCCAGCCCAGGUCCUGACUUCUGCCCCUCCCACUCCUCCCUGUGGUUCUCAGUCCACCCAACGAUGGUCUGGAGCAGAGGACUGGAAUCUGAUUCUUUACAAGCAAGCACAUGCUGUGGGCGGGGCUGUGCUUCCGGAAGGCCAGGUAGAGGCGGCAUUCUGGGGCCAUGCUUUUUCUUCCCCAUGCAUGAGGAAAAGCACAAGCCGGAAGGAACACUUGCGGGAAAGCCACCCAGAGAUGGCCAGAUUGGCCUCAUUUCACCCAGUGCUCUGCAAGGAUCAGGGGGUGGGAAGGGGACACAGCAGAGACCAGGGCCUCGAGAAAAAUCAGAAGGUUUAUUAAAACAUACUCAGCUCAGUCAUACUGGCUCACGAAGAGGUUGGUUUUCCCCCCACCCCCAUUCCCAAACACUAACCUUUUUCAUUUUCUUUAAAGGUUAAAGGCUCACGGGUAAUUUUAUAGAAAAAGCAAUGUAGCGAUUAGAGUAUCUGCAGAAGGACCCACUGUCAUUGAUACAUUCCAUGCCAUCGGGCUAAAACUGCUUUGAAUCUUGCUAGUGAUUAUGCUGGCCAAACAGUGCAGAGAACGUGGGGCUUUUAAUGGCCGAGAUGUUUGGAAUGCCAAAUAACAAAGGAAUGACUUGCUCAGGACAGAUGAAAACCAUGACAGAAAUAAUGGGCUUUGAAGAGAGCAGUUUUCAUGGAGCCCAUGGAAAACCAAGACGAAAUGUACUAGAGCCCUCCAAAAGCAGCAAGAAAUGCUCACGUGAUCCGUUCCAUCCUGGAACCGUCACCAUUACCAACGGAAAAGACCCGAGAAGUCACUGCUGGCUAGGCAGCAGGAAACCAUCUCUCCAUCCUAGAGGGCACCCCGGGAGCCCCACGACGUGGCAUCGGUGUGGAAACCUGCUGUGGCACCCGCCUUCCGACCUGCUUCCUGGAAGGGCUUGAAGCUGGUGGUGCCUCUGAGCUUUUGAAGUGAACAUGGGAAUGGUGUUGGGGAAGGGUGUGGAGGAGCACCUGGAAGUGCACCAACAGGGAGAAUUUUGAAGUGAGAAGGAACUGCUGUUCCAAGCCGGAGUAGUUCCAUGGCUCCACAGGGGAAGGGGUGGGACUCACUUUCUCGCCAUAGGCACUACAGAAAGAGGCCCCCAGAAGGAACAGUGGUUGGUCACCACUUUCUAAAUGUGAUGGUGUCAGUUCAGCAUCCAGAGUGCCUCUUCUUUGGCACAUGUCAGGGUCUCUCUACCACUACUGGCUAUAUAGCUCACCCCGCUAUUUGGUUGGGCCUCAACCUUAGACUCACACCCACAUCCUCCUUAACUCUCCUGACCCCCUUGAAAUGUACAAACCACCAAGCAAGCUGGUGGAAAAGUCCCCAUUACUCCUCCACGAA